GCACCAGCGGCAGCCUUUUUGAUCAACAUCGUCGAUUCAUGAAAACAGAAACAGCUGCAGAUCAGACACUAUAUGCAGUACAAACCACAUGCUCGGAAGAUACAACUGCGGCCGUUUAUGAUAAACGUUUGCUAAGCAAAGCAAAUAUCACUUUCUCGAGAAGAAAACGCCAACACGAACCGUAAAACAUCCAACAAUGGACACUUUCGAAACGCCAUACGAACUAGAGGCUGCAUUUAUUGAGUGCACGGUCUGUGAUAAAUCCAUAAGGGGGGAUACCUUGUACAAGAUACACCUGACGACACCAGGACAUAGAAAGAAAGAGGAGGCCUAUGUUGCUUCAGGGUUUUCUGUCAGACAUCCCCGCAUUCCGCAAUUUGAGGACAUAUUACAUUAUCUGGGUUACAUGAAGCUUGAUGAGCCCAUCAUUGGUUUGAACUAUUUGGAGGAACUGCCUUGUGAUGAUCCCCAGGCAGGCCCCAACUACCUAUGCAAGCUCUGUCAUCAGAACGCCAACCUAUCGGGAAUGGUCAAUCAUGUGAUUGGACGUAAACACAGACAGAAAUAUGUGGAACUGAAACGGCCAGACUUGGUGACCUGGGACAAACAAUCCAUACUAAUCCACGGAGGGAAGAUUGUCCGAGCCAGAGCAGAGAUAAUAGAGAGACAGGAUGGACGAGGAACUCCAGUGCUAAUGGCGAAAAUGGGGAUCGAGGGACAAUUUAAUCUCUCAAGAGUUCCUUCUAGGCCGAAUCAAAAUAGGGAUCAGAACCAUUUACAGAGUUUGACCCAACGAAAUGUGCCGUCCCUCCUGCCAGACCGUGAGGACUAUCGGGGUGACUACUCUCACCCAGGGAGGUAUCCCCCAGGUCCCCCAGAUACAGCCCCACUGCAUCCAGAAGACACUUACAUGUUGGACAGAGACAGGCCGACGUACCAACAGGAGGACACUCUCAGGCAUGGCUGCAGGGAAGAGGAGCUGCAUAGGGCAGAUUACAGGGAAAAUCCUAUGAACAGACGAGAGUAUAUGGACCCAGAUUAUCGAACAAACUAUGAAGAGCAAUAUGCUGAAGAUCCACAAAGAAGAGCCCGACCAGAGCCAGGUGGUGAUUCCAGGUUUGGUUUAAGGCAGGAGAUGCCUCGUGGCCAGGCCCAGCAUGGAGAGUAUUACCCCGAAGAGGCUACUCCCAGAAAGCCCUAUCCAGAAAAAGAUCCACUCAAAGAGUUCUACACUGAGGAAGUUCGGAGGCGUGGGAGAGUUUCUUCUGAGUACUCGCCCUCGCAGCCGGUGGACCUAACAAGCGACGAGCAGCGGUGUUCUCUGAACUGGGAAUCUGGCAGACGUGAAAGUAUGAAUGGAGCCGGCAGGCAGGGACCGACUCAUCCAGAGGCCAACAGAAGGAGCUUCACCACAUCUAUGGAGAGUGACCAGGCGCCUGAUGGCCUUUUGUUUAAUUUCGUCAGAGAUUAUCGUCAUGAAAUGAGAAAAGCUUAUCAAGAGGAGACAGUUGCCAACCCAUGGCAGAGUAGAACAGGAACCCCUUCCUCCCAGAGACAAGUGGAGGCUACCAGGGCCAUAUCUGACAUCCCAGAGCCAUUCAGGCGUUUCCUGAAAGGGGACGCUAAUGAGGCCGGAUACGGGAAAAGGAAAAGAAAGAGUCGCUUCUCUGAUGCCACUGCAGAGGAGACGGAAACAAUGAAGGAGAUGUUCAGUCAUGAGUAUGGACCUCCAAAUCCAAAGUUUGGCGGUCGCCCGAGACCCGUCCAUGAAACACAACAUCCCGACCUCUACACAGAAUCAAAGGGUCUGCGUCAUACUGAAAGCUACAAAAGAGAAGGCUCUGAGUCAAGGGGUGUCUUUGAUAUUCUGAACAACAUUGAAAUUGAAAAUGCAGAACAGGCUGACUUCCUGAAGAACAAACUUUGCGACCUUCUGAAAGACUUCAAGACCAACAAAUCUGAGACCGCCGUGCAGAAUAGCCACGAGCGAGUAGCCAUCUCCAAAAACUACAACAGCUUUAACCCGGACCCAGAGCUGUCGCCAAGACAUCAGUACGACACAACCCACAGAGAAGAUUCAGACCUUAGACGACCACAAGACUUCUUUAAAAACAAUCACAGAGGAAGAGGCUGGCGACAGCAUGAGCAAGCGCCUGACGAGCAACGAAAUGAAUACCUCCAUUCUGGAAGCGGGGAGCCCGGACAUUCAAACAGAAGACGUUAUGAAGAGGUGUUUGGGCUGCCCAGGAUGCAACAUGCUAGCCAUCCCGAUGAGCCAGCACGUAAUGCUGGUAGAUUUGACGAACCCAAGCGUCCUUUAAACUACCCACAUGCUGCCGAGGACUUUAUGGACUCCCGAUCCUCUGCAUCUCCGCUCGGCAUGGAACAAAGACACGGGAUGGAAAGGGCCCGUCGGUACUCUAACAACCUGGACAAAAUCACCUCUACCCUCCUUGAACUUGUGGCAAGGAAAUAAUGAACAUAGAAGUUCUGUAAAUGUAUAUAUCCAUCGAUUCAAUAUGUUGCUUUUGUUUGAAAACAUCAUUUGAUUGCAAAGUUCAUUCUUCCUGGUUGAAUAAACAUGUUUAAGUCUAAGUGUGAACAUUAAAACAUUUGUCGAAAGCGA